GUCACGCUUUUAGUAAUGUCACGCACUUAUGUUGUCUCGCGUGGGGUUUAGCUUUAGGAUCACCUUCUUGCCAGUAUCAAACCUCUUUUCUCGGCACCUCACUAAGAUGGCCUCUGCUCCUGUGAAGACAUCUAUUGGAUGUAUGGAAUUUGGAAGGCAAUGCCCUCCAGACCAGGCAAAAGAGUUUGUUAACAUUUGUAUGGAGAAUGGUGUUUAUGAUUUUGACACUGCUUAUGUGUACAGCAAUGGAAAGAGUGAGGAGAUUAUGGGAGACAUGGACAGUCUUAAAGAUCCCAAGGCGUUCAUUGCCACAAAGGCAAGUCCAUGGAAUGACAAAGGUCUUAAGUAUGACAAAGUGCUGGAACAGUUGAAUGAAUCUCUCAGAAGACUGAAAAAAGACACUGUGGAGUUAUUUUACCUCCAUGCUCCAGAUCACAACACGCCUAUCGAGGAAACACUUUCAGCUGUUAAUCAUCUCUAUAAAGAGGGUAAAUUUAAAUCCUUUGGCCUGUCCAAUUAUUCUGCAUGGCAAGUGGCAGAGAUUUAUUAUCUGUGCAAAAUGAAUAACUAUCCAUUACCAACUGUAUACCAAGGAAUGUACAAUCCUGUCACAAGAGAUGUAGAAAAGGAACUCUUUCCGUGUCUGAGAAGAUUUGGAAUAGCUUUCUAUGCUUACAACCCACUUGCUGGUGGGUUAUUAACUGGAAAACAUCGUUACGAAGACAGAGAUAGCGGCAAGAUUCAGCAUGGCCGUUACGCUGGUACUGGCCCUUGGGCUGAUGUCUACGUGAAGCGUUUUUGGAAGAAGCCCUUGUUUGAUUUACUUGACAAACUCAAGGUAACAUUGGAUCGCAUUUACGGCGAAGGAAAAGUGUCCUUGAUUGAUGCAACCCUUCGAUGGAUGUACCAUCAUUCCCAUAUGGAUGGUGCUCAUGGAGAUGCUGUUAUUCUUGGGGCGUCCUCUGUCAAGCACUUGGAGGAAAACAUCAAGAGUACGAAACACGGGCCCUUACAUGAAGAUGUGGUCAAAAUAUUUGAAGAGACCUGGGGUGAAAUAAAGAGCGACUGUCCUUUGUAUUUCCGCUGAAAUGACCUUACGACCACUCCAGGCUCACCGAAUGCGUCUCAAUUUGGUGACAACAUUUUUCAUUAGUACAGAAAUGAUAAGUGGGGUGACUGAGCAAAGCUUAAGCUAUAGAAGAUUAAGGUUCGUAACAAAGUCCGUUGAAGAAUUUGUAGUCGUACUUCUUUCGGUUUCAUAUUUCACGGACAGAUCAAACAGGCGCUUAUGUCCGCUUUAGAAAGAAAUAAAGUAAAGAUCUGAAUUGCU